GAUAUUUGGCGCCAGUUGCUCCAGACAAAGCUGUCUGUGGAAUCGGGAUGUGACCUCGUGUUUGGCCAGUUGCUUGUCCGCGAGGGCGGGCCGCAGUUCGAUGAUGGAUGCUUGCUUGCUUGCUUGCGCACGCCAAAUGCGCUUUCCGAGCUCAGUGCAAAAUUGGUGGUCUGUCUCAUUCUUCUGUCAGUGUGUCAACGCCGAUGUGGACGUGUUUGAAUUGCACAGAGAGAGAGUUCUCUGUUCCUCGAGUCGCAUGUCCCUCUGGCUGCAUUGCAGCUGGACAACUUGGAUGAGUUCGAAAUCGAGACGUCUGAACUCUACGAUGAGAGAUAGUACUUUUGAGAAGUGAGGCUUGAGUAUGAGGUGGCAAUUACCUGAAUUCUGUAACAGCAUUUGCUGUAGAUCAACAAUUGGAUGAUUUCGUGCUUUUUCUAUUCCGCUACUCCUGAUACUCUGAGAAUUGACCUCGACUGGCGUCAAUUUUGCGAUCCGAAGAAGAACUAAUUCGCAGUGAUAGGACAGCAUCUAUUGGCCUCUCAACAAUUCUGCGCCUCACGCUCGCUAUUCUUGUUCCACGUGGUGAAGUGCAAAUGCGUCAUAGUGUGCGCCUUUGAAUUUCUUGGAGUGUAAUUUGUAUUAAUUCAUUGAUAGAUUCUCUACUGAUAAUUAUAUCACUCUUACUGGGUUCCUGGUUUUCGAACCGGAGGAAGUUCCCUAACGCAAUAUUUCCACACGGGCCUCAAGAUCCUGCUGGCUAGGAGAGUCACAAAAUUGAUCGCGAGCUUCUGCCUUGAAUUUUCCUCCCCCGUUUGCGAUGUCCUCACUUGAGUUACGUUGCGUAGUCACGGCAAGGGGAUUUUCACUAUGGUGAUUCUUAAGAGCUUCGUCACAUUCUGACGCUGAGCUGAUGCACUUUCAAUCGCCCGAGGGGAUAGCUGCGUAUUUCUUCACCUAAGUUACUGCCGUCUGUUCAGGAUUUGGGGUUGAAUAUACCAACUGCAGAAGUGUGACGAGGGUCAUCUUCGACUCAUUGCCAUUUCAUGCUUUCUCGAUCGUUUCUCCGGAUAACUACUCCUACUUCUAGCACCUUCAGCAGUGCUGGGCAGUGAUGGUGUUGGUCGAUUUUCAACUCUUGAACUCGAUGAGAUCUCGUUUUGGUACUUGUCGCUGAUCAGUAGUUAAGACAUUUCAACGAAGACGAACAAAAACAUCUAUAGUUGUCGCCUAUGAUGACAAAGACAUCGUCCAACAGAACGAGGACCAUCAAACUGUCAAGCAAGAGCAAGACCAGCUCGAUGGGAAGAAAUUCAAGAUGGCAUAAGAGAUCAUGAGAGCUGGCCGAGAUGGUCCGGUGGACACUAUGGGAUGAGAAAAAGUCACAGGAAAUGAGAUGGGAUUUGCUGUUUUGGUCAAAGCACUUCUAUCGACUAGGGAUGCUACUGCUGCAGCAGGACGGAUGCAGGAAAGAGGUUUAUUAUCGAUCAAAGGGUUGUAAGAAGCCGAGGAGGCGACUAUAAGCGAGGCAAUCUAUCCGGUUGGAAUUUACACCAGAAAGGCUGGGUACUUGAAAAAGGUAGCUUCGAUCUGCAAUAAGCAGUGUGAUGGAGACAUUCCAAGUACUUCAAAAGAACUACUCGCAUUGCCUGGGAUUGGUCCCAAAAUGGCCCAUCUGAUUAUGAAUGUAGGUUGGGCGGAUGUUCAAGGUAUCUGUGUUGACACUCAUAUUCAUCGCAUAUGCAACCGACUGGAGUGGGUUAAGCACGCCAAGCAAGCCAUCGACUGAAAACAAAUACUCCUGAAGAAACCAGAGCCUCAUCAAAAUAGUGGCUUCCCAAAGAUGAAUGGAACUCGAUCAAUCCUCUACUGGUGGGUUUUGGUCAAACUGUAUGUACCCCUCUAAGACCUCACUGUACGGACUGUCUCAUCAACCAGCUUUGCCCCGCUGCUUUUAAGGAGCCUAUAAAGAGCCCAAGUAAAAGUCUUGCACCCAUGAAAACGAAAGCUCUCAUGCCUCCUCCCAGUAAAAGGGACAAGAACAGCCCAAAAAGACCUUACAUUACAACAAAUGUGGACAUUCACGCUGUGGAGGAAAGCUUAGUCCCAGAUACAGCAAGCGGAAAGAGAACACGAAAGCAAACUUCAAAUUUCGAUGCCAAUUUGUGACUGCGCAGUAUCAGGAUUUGAAGGUACGUGCAAAUGUUGCACUUUCUAUGUAAGAGGGCGUUUCUCCCCAAUUUCGUCACAGUGCAGGCCUAACCCCAUUGAGCUGUCAUAUUGCGGGAACAAUGUAAAUUCUUUUGAAUUAUUGUAUACUAUAAUAUAUAUAAUUCUUUUACAUAUAAUAUUCUCAUUGCUCAGAAAAUAAUAAUCA